AUGGGAAAAGAGAGUGACCUCUGGCGGGAGUCCAUGGACGAGGAGAUGCUUUCCUUGUUGGAACAUGUGACGUGGGAAAUCGUCAAAAAACCGGAAGGAGUCAAGCCGUUUCUCAUAAAGUGGGUUGACAAGAUUCAACGGGACGCUCACGGGAACGUGGAGCGGUACAAGUCCCGGCUGGUGGCGAAAGGCUACCUGCAUACACAGAGGAUUGACUUCGACGAGGUCUACGCCCCGGUGAGCAAGCAGACGAAGUUGCGUGCGCUGCUGGCGGUGGUUGCGGAGCGCGACUUGGAGUUGCAUCAGCUGGACGUCAAGACGGCGUUCCUUAACGGGGAGCUAGAGAAGGAGAUCUACAUGCAGAAACCGCAGGGAUACGAGCAAGGUGGGGCCGAGAUGGUUUGCCGCCUUAAGCGCACCUUGUACGACUUGCGCCAGACGCCGCGUGCGUGGCACAUGUGUUGCCGUAUUGUCAUUGUCAUUAUUGUCAUUAUUGUCAUAGUGACGGGUUGA